CAACAUGUUAGUCACAACUUCACAUAUAAAUCCGAAUUUUGAGGGUUCGGUUAAGCUCGAGGUGCCUAUUAAUAAUGGUUUGUUAGACCCAAUUAAACACUCUGCCAUCACUUUUAAAGAUUAUUUGGAUCUGAAUAUUAUUAAUUGGGAGGGUGGUAGUAGUCUUGGAGAAUCGGGAGAAGGAGAUACGGGUUUUAAAAUACGGGGAUUGGGGUCCAAAGGAAUGUCUAUCAGAAGUGGAAGGAACCUCAACAGAACCAUCAAGGGUCAUGGUGGUCGUUUCAAAGUUGCUGGGAUAUCCAGAAGGAACCAGAAAUCCCCAAGUAGUGGAGGGCACAUCUGCUAUCGAUUUAUCCGACUAGCGCUAGGUGCAAAUCUUUGUCGGUUUAUCCGACUAGUGUUGGGCACACAUUUAACAUUGUUGGCUUAUUCGACUAGCGCUGGGCACAAAACAUUUUUGGUUUAUCCGGCUAGUGCAGGGCACACCUAUCGUCGGUUUAUCCAACUAGCGUUGGGCGCAAAACUUGAUUACGGUUUAUCCCUCAAGCACCAGGUGCCAAUAACAAGUUGGUCGAUAUUGAUGAUAUUAAACAGGUCCCUUGAAGAUGGUUGGUAAAUGAGAGAUAGCUUGAAUUGUAUAUGAAAUGUUCAUGAUGAACUUAUGGUACACUAUGUGGUAUAACUAUUACAUGUUAGAUAUUUUGAAU